UCCCGCCCCUGCAGGGGCUGCUCCUCACGGCCCCUUCUCCCUGCUCUGGCUCCAGCCCCAGCACAAACCCGUCCCCUCCUCCCCGGGCUGGGCGGAGGGUGCGGAGCGGCCCCGACCAUGGCAGCGGCCUUUGGGCUCCUGGCCGUGAGCAUCCCGGUCCCUGCCAGGGUCCUGCAGGUUAUUGUCAUGUCCGGCCAUGAGACCAUCCGGGUGCUGGAGGUGGGGGUGGAUGGGGACCCCAAAACGGCCGGGGAGGGAGCGGAGGGGUCCCCGGCACAGGGGGGCCCCCCAGGUGUAGAGGACGCUCCCUCCAGCACCCCGAACUCGUCCGGCGGGGACGCGGCAGGUAAAGCCAAAGCAGCGUCGCCCGCCCCCGUCCCCCCGAGCCAGCCCGGCGUGACCCACCUGGCCGUGCAGGCCACCCCACAGGUGUUGGCUCAGGAAAGCUUAGCCACAGGUGUGACAGGAGUAAUGGUUCCGGCAGGGACAGUUACUCAACCUCUUCUUAUCCCCAUCAGUAUUGCAGGUCAGGUGACAGGCCAGCAGGCGCUGGCCCUGGUGACAAUUCCCACAGCAACGCUCGCCGCGCUCCCGGGACUGACGCCGGCGGCACCCGCGGGGGCGAUUUUCAAAGCGCCCGUAGCCAAUCUCACAGCCGCCGCCGUGCUCAGCCCCGCCAUCCCGGCCAUCCCGGCGGUCCCGGCGCCGCGGCCGCCCCCCCCCGCCCCCGCGGAUCACCCC